CCACCACCACCCUCCGGCCAUCCCCCAAGCGAAGUGUCUUGAGAUACUCUCGCCUCUCCUAGAUGUGGAACUGCGCAAACCAGAUUCGGGAGAGAGCUACAGGAGCGACAGUCAAAUUGAAGUUAAUCCGCCCAGGAAAACGAAGAUAAAAAGUGUAUAUGUUUGCACGGAUUCCUUAGUUAUUAGGCUGUAUUGUAUUAUUCUUACACGAACUGCGUUCUGAGCUUAAGACAGAAGAAUCAGGGACUGGAUGUACAGUAUACGUUUUAAAAGAAAGUAUUUUGUCGUUUAUUAACGGGGGAGGGUUCUUGAAUGUGUUUCGACUUCUUGACUCUUUAUACUGCUAACGGAACAAGAGCACAGGACUGGGAACGAGGAGUAACGGUACUGUUACGUAUUGGCUAGCAGCUUUAUUGCGUACAUAGAGACUCACGCCUCAGAACCUUGGACAGUAGCCGAUACUCCUGGCUGCGUCCGACCUGCGCGCUUCAAAUUCAGCGCAAACGGAUGUAAAAAAUAAGGACUAAAAGAAGAAAACCUGCGGGGAAUUCGCCCGUUUUGGAUUCAAACUCAGCUUUCCACAGGGGGGUCCGCAAGGAGAGGAGAGACCUCAGCCUCCUGCCUCAAAAGAAAAGAGCACCGCGGACCAGCCGCCUCCCAGCAGCCCUCCUCCACCUCCUCUGACAACGAUCCCACCCCCCCCCCCCCGCCACCACGAGCCCCAGUCCAGUUUGGAUGCAUACAAGGAGCUGGGCCUGCUAGCCAAGGGUCUCAGGGCUCGAGAGCAGUGAGACAGACCCCCACAGACCCCCUGGCCCCCCCGCCGCCCCGGCCGCCCACCUCGGCACCAUGGGCACCGUACUGUCCCUGUCCCCCAGCUACCGGAAGGCCGCCCUCUUUGAGGACGGCCCAGCCACGGUGGGCCACUACACGGCCGUGCAGAACAGCAAGAACGCCAAGGACAAGGGCCUGAAGCGGCACUCCAUCAUCUCCGUGCUGCCCUGGAAGCGCAUCGUGGCCGUGUCCGCCCGGAAGAAGGGCUCCAAGAAGGUGCAGCCCAACAGCGCCUACCAGAACAACGUCACCCACCUCAACAACGAGAACCUGAAGAAGUCCCAGUCCUGCGCCAACCUCUCCACCUUCGGCCAGGACUCGGCCGCCCAGGUGUCCGCGUCCACCACCUCGGCCAACGGGGCCUCCUCCAUCAAGAAGGCCCCCCCGGCCAACCCCACCGCCGCGGCCGGCACGCCCAAGAGGGUCAUCGUCCAGGCCUCCACCAGCGAGCUCCUGCGCUGCUUGGGGGAGUUCCUGUGCCGGCGGUGCUACCGCCUCAAGCACCUGUCGCCCACGGACCCCGUGCUGUGGCUGCGCAGCGUGGACCGCUCCCUGCUGCUGCAGGGCUGGCAGGACCAGGGCUUCAUCACGCCGGCCAACGUGGUCUUUGUCUACAUGCUGUGCCGCGACGUGGUGUCCUCCGAGGUGGCCACGGAGCACGAACUGCAGGCCGUGCUGCUCACCUGCCUCUACCUGUCCUACUCCUACAUGGGCAACGAGAUCUCCUACCCCCUCAAGCCCUUCCUGGUGGAGAGCUCCAAGGAGGCCUUCUGGGACCGCUGCCUGUCCAUCAUCAACCUCAUGAGCGCCAAGAUGCUGCAGAUCAACUCCGACCCCCACUACUUCACCCAGGUCUUCGCCGACCUGAAGAACGAGAGCCAGAAGGAGGAGGAGAAGAGCCGCCUGCUCAUCAGGCUGGACCGGUGAGGGACGCGUGCAGGCGGGGGGCUCUGAGGGGAAGGGGCGGGGGCGGCGGCUUACUCUUGUCUGGCGUUUCGGGAGGGGGGGGGGAUGGUGGGAGUUAUCGGUGUCAAUCAGGUCCGGGCCUCCCAAUUCAGAUCCGAUUCAUUCCCCCUCUUUUUGCUAUAAAAGCAGCAGAUCCCAGGAAGAGGAGAUAACACCCUGUGACAUGUUUAUCUCCAGUAAUGGAUUUGUGUCAGGAACCUCAAAGCUGAUUUCAGUUAUGUAAACUGACUAAAGAACGUUUGAGCUCCAACACCAGGGCUCAGUCUUAAAACCCCGAAAGAGAGAAAGCAGCUGACCCCCUGAGGCCUCCUGUUCUCUGCCUGAAGAAUCCCGACUGACAGCGUCAGCUCACCGCCUACAUAUCACACGGAGGCAGAGGGAACCGACCAAGCUCGACCUGCUCCGCCAGCGAGUCGGGCCAACUUGGGUGAGAUCCGAACGGCUUUGUUCACUCGAGCGGGAUGAUUCCAUGAAGAUCCCUGGAUCUGAGAAUCAAUAUUUGAAUGGAAUGAAAGAAAAAGACAAUCCCUAGUCGAAAAGUACACGUUUUUUCGCUCAUUCAACCCCCUUUCUUAACAGAAGAGGAAGAAGAAAACAGGCCUGCCAUCGCACACUGUGCUUGGGGUCAAGAACUCACCAUCAGGGAGUUUUUGUGCUUGAGAGUUGUUAAAAAUGGAGAGCAGACAGGCAUUAAACAAUUUCCUUUUAGAGCAGAGAGUAAGGGGUCAAGGGACUGCUUCUUGAAGAUUUUCGCAAAAUUCACAACGUGGUGAUGCUCAGAUCCCCAGUUCCCAACAAACACUUUGAAAUUGCUGAAUGUGUACAAGCCCGAGCCUUUGAAACGGUGGGGAGGUCAGCACGGGACGACAAGCAGAACUUCCGUUUCAGUUUCCCAGAAUUCGUGGCUAGGGAAAAGAGCAUCUAACCGGCCCGGGUCUGAGUUUAAAUUAAGGGGAGCCGGGGGCCUUGAAGUACGAAACGCCAGACUUGAGUACGUUAGCCGUUCGUUCCAAAAGAUCAACAAAACUCUGGAAAAAAAAAAAGACCCAAAAAACAAGUACAAGAACAAAUGUGAACAAAAAAAAAACAACAACAAAUAAGAAACACAGAGACGACAGGAAGUUGCUACGACAAAAAGGCUUAAGGGGAGGAUGCUGGGAGUGACGUCAAUGCCUCUGGAUUAUUCUCUUUGCAAGCCGGGCCGCCAGUGACUUUUGUGCCAACCAUUGCUUUGGCAUUGCACAAGGAGAGGGCGCUCUCCCCACCUGAGACUGAACUACCUGUGUGUCUUGAUCUGCAGCAGAGCGGGGAUGGCCAGGCUGGGCACUCCUGCUGUGUCUCUGCUGCUCCGUGUGUGUAUGUGUGUGAGCCUACCAGUGCCAGAGUGGGGUGGGGGGAAGGGGUGGGUGGGUGUGGGGUGUGAGGGAGACCGCGGAGCACCAGGAUGGUAAAGGGAAAUGAAAAAAUCAUCUUCUGCCACCAUUAAGGAGUGUUAAAGUUGACCUACUUUGUUUCAACAAAUGGUGCAACACAAGAAACCUUGAAUAACAGUGUUCCUGUAAAAGGUUUUGGAUGAGAUUCUAGUUUUGAUAUUUUAACUUUUUCACAUAUAUACUGAUGCGUGGAUGUAUAGGUGCCUGGAAGGUCAGGACCUGAGGGAGGAACUCAUGUCAGCACACAAGAGGUGCUGUCACCUGUCCUCAGCUGCAUUAUCCAAGACAGACAUCACAGGCAAAAGACGUUAUUUAGCUCUUAAGAAACUUCCCCCUCCUCAUUUUGGCUUUCUAAGAUUCAUAGAUUCAUUGGGAAAGAUCUUCAAAGUCCCCUGCAAAACCACUGGUCCUAUGUAAGGGACCCCAUGGUAGAAACUCCCAAGAUAAAGACUGUUCUGCAGUUGCUAGUUUAGCAGCGUACAGUAUCUCUUGGAAAAUUGAAUUUCCAGAAGUAAUUGGGUCAUCCACAGCAGAAUGAGAUGGAAGACCCCUGCUGCCAUAAUCCAGGGGAAAUCUAGUAGGUCUCAAAACACAACAGCGAAAAUAAAACUGACAGUUCUCCAGCAAAACAUGUAUUUCAUUUAACUUUAUCCAUUUAUUUUGGGUGAACCCCCCUGAUCCCCUGGGUCUGGUUACCCUAGAGUUAACCGAAGAUAAACAAUGCACACGAGACAUUGUCAAACAUCUUAGGAACCAGAGAGGAUGGGGAAGAAAUGUAUUCAAAACUGGGGAUGAUCUUUGACGAUCAUGAGAAUAACUGCUGUUGCUGAAGCUGUGACAGGUCUCAGCUCCAGACUGGAAAAGAGAGGGGGGGCUCUGAUGAGUCACUGAAAAAAAGAUCAAGUCGAACAGGAGACCAAAAAUGGGAGAGGGAAUAGGAAACCAUUCAACAAGACGAGGAAGCCAAUCAAAUCCUAACUGUAUGAAGGCCAAAUAUUAGCUUGAUACCAGCAUACAAUCUAAUCAGCUUCUAUCUAAACGCACCACCAAACAGUAUCCACUUCCAAUCAAAACCUGGACAGCUCUGCAGUGUCCAGCCACAGGUGAAUGUCAAUCAAUGGAAGAUAACAGUAUGUAAAUUCUGGAAGAGAAGCGAUUUCAUUGUCUCUCUCUUUAAUCUAGGUCUCAAAGCCUGGCCUUCAAUAUAUAUUUGUACCACAGGUUUUAAAAAUAGCCAGAAGGCACGUGCAAUCUUUUCCCCCACAGAGUGGUGCCUGUCUGUUCGGUGCACCUUUAAUGUCAGAAGAACACUUUCUCAAGUCGCCUGGCAAGCGCAAAAACUAUGUGGCAGUUCGGCGUGCUUUUAAACUGACGAUCCCAUUCGAGCGGAGGAAAUUGACAGCAGCCUCGUUUUCAGAACACUGAAUAUUUUAGCCAGAAAUCGUUCACGUCGAGGUGCCACACGUAUUAACUGUUCUGUGUUCUAAGAAAUCUGGCCCGGUUUCACGGGGGGCUGUGUUGUUACGGCUCAGGCUUAGGAAGGAAGAACGCUUCGACGUUCCGAACGGAUUUCUGUUCAAAAACAAAAACUAGAAAUAAGAAAAAAA